CGGGCCUGAGCUUGGGAGCAGAUUGGGGAGUGCAGGGGAGACCGGCGUGGGCCUGAGCUUGGGAGCAGGUUGGGGAGUGCAGAGGAGAACUGCGUGGGCCUGAGCUUGGGAGCAGCAUGGAACUCUCCGGAGACCGGCUGGCCACGGCCGCCGCCCGGGGCCGCGUGGACGAGGUGCGGGCGCUGCUGGAGGCCGGAGCGCCUCCCAAUGCCCCGAACCGUUAUGGGCGCAGACCCAUUCAGGUAAUGAUGAUGGGCAAUACCCGCGUGGCAGAGCUGCUGCUGCUCCACGGUGCGGAGGCCAACUGCGCAGACCCCGCCACGCUCACCCGACCCGUGCACGACGCGGCCCGGGAGGGCUUCCUGGACACGCUGGUGACCCUGCACCGGGCCGGGGCCCGGCUGGACGUGCGCGAUGCGUGGGGUCGCCUGCCCGUGGACCUGGCUGAGGAGCGGGGCCACAGGGACGUUGCGCAGUACCUCCUGGAGGCUGCUGGGGGACCCUAAAGUGGCAGCCACGCCCACUCAGGCAGACGUGAUGUCCACGGUCCACUGCGAAGAUAGAAGAUUGCUAGAAUCUGUGCCUCCUUUCCCAAUGCUGCUUUUAUUUUUUAUUUUUUGCUUCAAUUUAGAAAAGUAGUGCUUAGCAAAAUAAGAAAAGCUUUUCUUUGCAUUGCCUCACUAACCCAGUAAAGUUACAUUUCUGUUAUUGCUUUUGUAACACUAUAAAAGGCGUUUUUAAAGGCUGAA